CUUUGGUGUCGGAACACAAUUGCUUCGGUGCUACAGCGUUGGACCUGCGACGUGGGUGACUUGAGCUGAUCUGCGGUCAAUGUUCCCUAUCCUGAUCCUCUCCGUCGUCACCACUGAGCUGCAGAGCGCAGGACGGAGAGCGCAGGAAGCCGAUUACUUCCCUCGACUGCUCACUCCUUGCUACCAAUACCUGUGCUUUCAACCUCUGGGAUCAAAAGCGUGCACAAUCGGGCAACGGCCUGGAAGCGAGUACGCGUGUCUUCGUGCAGAACUUUUUCCCAAUGGGAUCGUCGCUCACAGCCCAGUACAAACCGAAUCGAAUCCCGAUGUUGUUCGUAGAACCCCGGUUGCUAGAAGCGUGAUCGAAGGGAAGCCAGCGGAGUGGCGCGCAGGUGUGUUUUCGUUGUGUUUUCGAGAUGUCAGCGAAGAGCCCAGCAACGCGAGAGGAGUCAAGUAUCGCUUAUCAGUCAGAAAGAGAUCAGCAAUGGCGGUUGGAGGUCCGUCUAGACAUCUGCUGUCUGUACCUCCUGCUGCUGUCGCUGUCGUGACUGUGGAAGUCGGGAUACCGUCUCGAAUGAAGGAUAAGAGCAACUUGGAUGGCUAGGUGACUGGUGGUUGCUGUCGCUGUCUUUAGUCGGUGUUCUCACAUCGGGUGUCUCGACACUCUCCACUCAAAAAUGAGACAGCGUAGGCGCGCGGGUGUAUAUAUAGAUUUUGAGGGACGUCAGACUCGUCAAAGUACAUUCUCA